GUAUGCUAUAAACAUGUUUUUUCAUCGCAGACAACAGCACCUUUUAUGGUCAAAACUUUCUAAUACUUUUUGUGGGAAAGAUCUCGUAACUUUUGGUCAGUUGUCAGUUCUCUUAGUAAUUCCAAAAGCAAAAUUAAUCCUGUUCCUGUUGUUGAUGGUGGUUGUUGAUGGUGUUUCUGAUAUUGCAGAUCUGAUGGCCUCUAAGUUACACUCUCUGUUGAAUACUCACUCUGAUUCCUGAAGUGAUUGUGUCAGAUGAGGACGUCCUUAGUGCUAUUCACUCCCUUCAGUCUGGCAAGACUGACUUUGAUUCUGUGUCCUCCAAUCACUUGAAGUUUGCAGCCCCUUCUGUUGCUGAUUCACUUGCCUCUCUUUUCUCCACUAUUCUUCGCCAUGGUUAUAUGUCUAAAUGCUUUCGUGAUUGUGUGUUAAUCCCCAUUCCUAAAAGCUGCAAAGAUC